AGUGAGUGUUGCAGGUGCAACAGCAAGAACAGAUUCUUCUAUCCCCCUGGAUUUUUCCCCUGUAGACUAGGGACCAUAAGAAAGAGAAAGAGAAAGAGUGCGUUUUUACUCAUUACAUACAUACAUUUACCCUCAUUCUUCAUCAUCACUCUCUCAUUCUCUUUUUUUAUAUAUCUAUUCAUUCAUAUCUCCACAUUUCAAUUCACAAUCUCAACUCAACCCACCCUGUAUUUAUUAAUAUACGCGCCGAUGGCAUUGGGACCCAAAUCAGACAUUUUUCAUCUCGAUCAAAAUUCUAAAACCUGGAUUUGUUCAUCUGGACUUCCAAGUGAUGUUACCAUUGAAGUUGGAGAUGUUUCAUUUCAACUUCACAAGUUCCCGUUGGUGUCCAGAAGCAAAAUGUUGGAAAACCUCAUUGGGGAUUCUUCAGAUGACGAGGGAAAGAUUACGUUUGAAGAUGAAAAACGAUCUUUUGCUAAACUUCAUGAUCUACCAGGAGGGCCGAAAAUCUUUUUGCUAAUUGCUAAGUUUUGUUAUGGGGUCAAACUAGAAGUCAACUCAACCAAUGUAGUUCCUCUUCGAUGCGCGUCUGAAUAUCUUCAAAUGACGGAAGAAUAUGGAGAAGGAAAUCUCAUAGAUCACACCGAAAGCUAUUUCAAAGUAGUGUUUGAUACCUGGAUCGAUACAUUGAAAGCACUCGAGUCGUGUGAAGAAAUGGUUGAAUAUGCAGAAAAGCUUGAUAUAGUUUCAAGAUGCAUCGAGUCUCUUGCACUUAAAGCUUGUACGUUUGAUAACGGUUUGUUUAGCGGGAGUGGAACGGAAUCAAAAGAUAACCCUUUUGCUACGGUGAUCUGGAACGGAAUCCAAACCACUUCCACAAAUCAAGAUUGGUGGUAUGAUGAUGUUUCUAAGCUGAGUUUACAUCUUUACAGACGAUUCAUCUUGGCCGUUGAAUCAAGAAAUCUUGAUCAAGAACGGAUAGCCGGGUCCCUCAUGUACUAUGCGAAAAAGUACCUUCCUUUACUCGGUAGAGAAUCGACUUUUUCAAGUGGGAAUCUUUCUUCUUCGUCGUCGUCGUCGUUAUAUUUGAAUUCAGAUCAAAAGAUUCUUCUUGAAGAGAUAGUUGACUUACUCCCGAGUCAAAAGCAAGUUGUUCCCACUAAGCUCCUUCUUAGGCUGCUACGAACCGCGAUGAUUUUACAUUGUAACCCUUUAUGUAUUGGCAAUUUGGAAAGACGGAUCGGGAUGCAGUUGGAUCAAGCUUCCAUUGAAGAUAUUCUUAUUCCGAACAUGGGUUAUUCAAGUGAGACACUUUAUGAGAUCGAUUGUGUUCAAAGGAUGCUUGAUCAUUUCAUGGUUGCCGAGCAGGAUCAAGAAGAAAGUGAAGUUACUGAAUCGAGUUUUAAUGGUGAUAAUGAUGACGAUGAUGAUGAUGAUGAUGAAUUGAUCGGGAAGUCUCGCUCACUCGCACCAAUGACAAUGGUGGCUAAUCUUGUUGACAAUUACCUUGCUGAGGUGGCGUCUGAUGUUAACUUAAAGCUGGAAAAGUUUCAGUCUUUGGCUGCUACUGUUCCGGAUUAUGCAAGACCAAUGGAUGACGGGAUUUAUCGCGCAGUUGAUAUAUACCUCAAAGCACAUCCAUGGCUAACUGAUUUAGACCGAGAACUAAUCAUCAGGCUCUUGGACUGCCAGAAACUGUCGCUAGAAGCCAGCACCCACGCGGCCCAAAAUGAGAGACUACCGCUUCGGUUCAUAGUCCAAGUCCUCUUUUUCGAGCAGCUUCGGCUGCGUACAUCUGUAGCUGGCUGCUUAUACGUUUCUGACAAUUACAACUCACAGCCUCACCUGAGCAGCAGCAUGGUGCUACCGGAAAGUGGGAAUGUGCAACUUUUAACCACCAGAGAAAACGACCGUCGGUUAAUGGCAGAGGACAUGCGGGGACGGGUUUCUGAGCUCGAGAAAGAGUGUUUGACCAUGAAGAAAGAGAUCAAUAAGCUUGUGAAGACUAAAGGGGUGAGUUGGAACAGUCUGUGUAAGAUAUUUGGGCUCGGGCUAAGGUUAAAGUCGAAGCCUCGUGAAGGUUGCGCUUCGAGCAAUGACCGUGACCGCAAGAAGGUGCCACCGCCUUCGAGAAUAAGAGAUGUCCCUAAUGGCAAGAAUCAAGAUGAAGAAAAUGGUGAAUUGGUUGAUUGAGGGUUAAAUAAAUUUAAGGUUUAAUUUUUUUUUUUAGUAAUUGGACUCUCAAACAAUCUGGGAGUCAGUUAGUUGAUGCUGCUGUAAUUAGAUUGUAGAUUGAUUUUGGACCAUCUUUAAAUGCUAUUUUCUCAUUUGUUUCUUA